AUGGAAAAACUCGAUCAAGACAUCUUGGAAGCCACCAAGAACAUGCCGACAGAGCCAGAGAAAGACGACGCUGGAAAAGAGUCUCUUGAAAAGCUAGCAGACUUGCUAAUCACUCGGUAUCAGCAAACUGGAAACACGGAUGACCUUCGAGAAUGUUUACGCCAUAAGAUGCUGCUAUUUCGCUCCUUGCAUAUUCCUACUGAAGCAUCUCUCUGGUACGUGGUCAUUAUAGACGAAUCCAUAGGUUCAGAUGUUCCAUGUCGUUUCGAAGAGACGAACGACCCUGAGGACCUCAGAGCAGCCAUCACUAUCUGCUGGCAAGUUUUCUUUGAAGAGCCCAGCAAUGCUGAACAUGAAGCACUACGAGUGAGGCUACCAUUCAUACUGCGUACCAUAACACUACACUUAUAUGAAAAGUCGGGCAACUUGGGCGAUAUAGAAACGGCAGCGUCAUACUCAAGACAGGUUUUGCCUUUUGUUCCAAAUCAUAUCGAGGACCGAGCCAACCCUCUGGAUGAGUUCGCUAGGACCCUAUUCAAGAAAUACCAAGUGCAAGAGAAUCCAGAUAUUCUCCCAGUUGGAAUACCAUUAUCAAGGGACGCCAUUUCCGCCACUCCUGAAGGUCAUCCCGAGUUACCAGCUAGAGUAGCUAACCUCGGGGCCUGGCUCUUAAGACGCUAUGAAAGAAACGGAGAUACGAAUGAUCUUCAAGAAGCAAUCAAAAAGACAGAACUCGCUAUUAAUCUGUUGGACAAAGAGAAUUUCAAUCAACUGAGAUUCCUAACCAACCUUGGGAUCAUGCUAUCUCGACAGUUGGAGCUCACUUGGGAUGAGAAUGAUCCUGACCAGACUGAGAUUAUGGCAUCUCGCGCCGACAUUGGUAGAGCUUUGCACGUAAACAGCAUUGCACAUCCAUUACUUGGAAUUGAGGCAGCGAGAGAUGCUAUCCGUAUCUUCAAGUUUCACGGAAGGCUAGAAGAAGCAAAUUCCCUUACUCAAAAGGCAUUGCAGUUACUACCAAUGGCCUGUCAUCCAUCUAUCGCACGCCAGGAUCAGCAGCACGCCAUCCAACAAAUGUCGAGGUUCGCAGCCGAAGCUUGCUCUCUAUCACUUCUUGUUGGAAAAACGCAGGAAGCGCUUCUGAGUAUUGAAUUCAGUUCUGAAAUUAUCUUAUACCACUUGAUUAAGUAUGGAAACAAACUGUCUCUUCUAGAACAACAUAGUAAGAGGUCGGCCGAACGUUUUGACCAGUUGCGAUCUGCAGCCGCCCAACCCGUGGACACCAUGGACCAAGUCACUAUACAAGAUCGGAUUGUGCCAGAAGCUCAGGACUUUGCCCACGACCAUGACUUUGAACUCGCGCUGAUCAGGAACCUACCAAAAUUUCGAAGCUUUCUUACAUUACCAAACCUAGACGACUUGGUCAACGGAGUCACUGAUGGGUCAAUCGUGAUAGUAAAUAUCACUCCCCUCAGCAGUGAUGCCAUCAUUAUCCUACCGUCUGGAAAAGGAAUCAGGUCCCUUAGCUUACCAAAGGCAACAUCCGUGGGAAACCUAUUUCUUGACAAAUAUUCGAAAGCUUUCGGUCGUAUAAGAAAGUCCCAGGGUUUAGAGGAACAGGACAUAGAGAGCGACAAGGAUCUGUAUGACGAACAGUUUCUGAGUUGGCUCUGGACAGCGUGUGUCGACCCGAUCGUCAAGGAGAUCGCAGGGUCACAGUCAUCGUCGUCUACCCCUCGAGUUUGGUGGAUUGGGACGGGUAUCGCCAGCAGAUUUCCGUUCCACGCAGCAGGAAACUCCGAGGGUAGCACUUUGGAUAACGUAAUAUCGUCUUACAUUCCAUCUAUCACGUCUUUAACAGAAACAAAAGCUAGCAUGACAUGCAGUGGCACCAAUGGCGAAGGGAACUCAUUGACGAUCGUCAUGACGCCCAAAGAUUCAGAUGGAUGUCAGCCCCCAGAUCCUACAGAUAUGCUACGAAUAAUAGAGGAGGCUCCUGGAGAGACCUUCAAGGUGGUGACCCUGUCAGAGCCAUCACUUGAAGAGACAUUGGAAAAUCUGCGCAGGUCUCAAGUUAUCCAUUUUACUUGCGACGGCUACUCUGAUCCUCUCAAGCCGUCCCAAAGUUACGUUCAAAUUCGCAGGUACUCAUCACUAAGCACAGACGAGGUAAAACUGACUGUAGACUUGAUAUCUAACAACACAACCUUGGACAAGUCAAAAAUUGGUUUCCUCUUAUUGUACCCCUCAGUAGGGGGUAAGGCCAAGCAAUCGACUGAUGGAGGGUUGGGUAUCAUCAGUGCAUUCCAAUUGGCUGGGUUCAAGCAUGUUGUGGGAUCUUUAUCAAACGCCGAUGGAGCUUCUCAUGCUCAUGUUACUAAGGGUUUUUAUCAAUCUGUAAAAGAGAUUGGGUUGGUUGAAAACACGGAUUGGGCAGUGGCAAAGGCAUUGCAUAAUGCUCUAAGAAACGCUAGAGACCAUGAUGAAGAUCCACAUUGGUGGGCUCCAUACAUUCACUCGGGUGCUUAA